AUGCUGGAUUUGCUUGACGUUGUCAUGGCCAGGGAUAAGCUGCCCUUGCCAGCCGGAGGUAAAGGAGUAGCGCCGGUGCGUGUUCCUCCUGCACGGACUUCAAUAAACACAACCCUUCGCACUUCUGCAAACACGACUCAGCGUGCUGCUGCUCCUACCCAAGCAAAGAAAACGUCGCCGGUUCCACCGCUUUCCAAUCGCUCUGCGGUUGCUGAUACGUCUGCGUUAAAAGCACUGGAAGAAGAGAAUGCUAAGCUUCCCCAUGAAGGCAAUCGAGAGAUGACAGGCAUAGCAGAAACUGUGGAGAACGAGCGUAAUUUCUACUUCGAAAAACUUCGAAGGAUAGAAGACAUGUGCAAUGCUUGUGCAGAAGGAGAGAACCCGGAUAAAGAAGCGAUUUUAGCAAUUCUUUACGAAACAAAUGCGGAAGGCGAAGGCGGAGAAGACGGUGUUGCUCAGGCGGUGAUAAAUGAUGAUGAUGAAACCUUCUAG